GCUGUUCACACAGAUACCAGAGCUUCUGCAAGCAAGCUGGUAUUUUCUGAACAUAUACGAGACCAUGAAGGAGCUCUAAGGAGCUGCAACCAAUAGUGCUGUUUCUUUCCAUUGUGUGGCUAGAUUCAUCAUUUGGUGAUGUUUGGACGUGUUUGCAGAUGGACCAGAGACGCUUCUGAGGACCUCUAAAGUGGGAUCCCGUUGAUGGUGGCUUGACGGGGGAUUUCUCUCUUUCUCUGUUUUCGCUUGUCCAGGCUUUCAGAAGGAGCCAUGAAUCCACUUUUUAAGGCAUACAAGAGCAAGGUCAUGAAAACCUUCAACCCUGAUGCCGAGGAAGACCCUGCUGAAGAGGUGAUUGAGGCAGCCGAAGAAAUGACACCAGUCCAGCAAGAUGAAGGGCCAAGCACUGUCACUCAACUCGCUAAAAGAAUGCAGGGAGUUGGGGCAAAAGGGUGGAAAAGUAUGACUGCUCUCUUUAGCAAAGAUGAUGAGCACCAGCUUCUGGAGGCAGAGUCAGACAGCCAGCCUGCUGCAGACCACCCACUGGCAGUGAAGCCAGAGGAACCCCCACGGCUUAACAAGCGUGGCACAGGAUUCUGGGAUAGCUUUGCCACUAAGUGGCACCAGGCAGCUGCCAUGAAACAGGCUGAAGCAGCAUCUGCUGCAGCAAAUGUGGCAGGUGGCGAAGAAGGGGUGGAGCCAGGAACCGAGGGGCUGAGCCAAGAGGAGGGGAAUCAGGGAGGGAUGGAGAACGAGGCAGGAGGAGAAGGAGGGGGGUGUGGCAACAGCUUUUCAAAGUAUGCCUCUCUGGGUGGGGCUAAUGACAACGCAUCCUCCUUCAAAUGGAACUUUGUGACAGGCAAACUGGCUGAGAUAAAAAGCAAAAGUAUGACCAAAAGCAACUAGACCAGUUACAGCGGAGGAGAGACGCCAGAGAUGGAAACAGCAAAGCAGAAGCCACAUAUCUAGUCAACACAAGCUACAGCGUUACACCAUAAACCUUCACUGUGCACUGGGAUCUGAUGCACACCUAGAUCUCUUCUUGUCAUCUUGUUGUGGACACAUCUCAUGGCGUUUGUUUCUUUAGGCAGCUCCUCCAACCUUUGAUCUGACUGAAAGGGCAUCUAAACUUCAGACAGUGCCUUAAUUUUUUUCCCAACCCUGUGGUGAACAGUGUAUAUACGAUGUCUUCUAUUAGAAAUAAAGGAAUAAUUAAUACCACCACUAGAUGGCAGUUUAGACUGAUCAGAGUGCAGAAGCAGCCACUUCCUGUUCCUUUCCAUUAUAUCAAAUAUAUGACAAACCACAAGAGGGCGCCUGCAAGUGAGGCCUCAUUGGUAGUGAAUGGAGCAAAACAGGU